AUUUCCAGGAGGUGAGAGCUUAGGCCAGCUCGGGAAGAAGUUGAUUGUAAUGAUCUGCAAGAGUGAAAGUUGGAGGGCCUUCUACUUAGGAGACAAACAUCUGCCCUGAUUUAAAAGGUGGGAAGUGCCCGAAGUGUGUGAGACCGUAAAGAGACUGACCUAGCAGUCAAAGGUUGAUAAGGGGAAAGACUGAUUUUGAGGUUAUAAUGGUUUUCAGAUGCUUCAGGUAUCGUGAACAGAGACUUGUUUGGAUUAUGCAUUUCUCAGCUAGACUAAAUAAAUGUUAACAAUGGAUAAGUGCAAACAUAUUGGGCAGUUGCGGCUUGCUCAAGACCAUUCCAUCCUCAACCCUCAGAAGUGGCAUUGUGUGGACUGCAAUACAACUGAGUCGAUUUGGGCUUGCCUUAGCUGUUCUCAUGUUGCCUGUGGAAGAUACAUUGAAGAACAUGCACUCAAGCACUUUCAAGAAAGCAGUCAUCCUGUAGCGCUGGAGGUGAAUGAGAUGUAUGUUUUUUGUUACCUUUGUGAUGAUUAUGUUCUUAAUGAUAAUGCAACUGGAGACAUGAAGUUACUACGAAGUAUGUUAAGUGCAAUCAAAAGUCAAAAUUAUCAGUGCACCACUCGUAGUGGAAGGGUUUUGCGGUCUAUGGGUACGAGUGAUGAUAAUUACUACUUACAGGAUGGCACCCGAUCUCUGCUUCAAAAUGAAGAUCAAAUGUAUACUGCUCUUUGGCACAGGAGAAGGAUAUUAAUGAGUAAAAUCUUUCGAACUUGGUUUGAGCAAUCACCCAUUGGAAGAAAACGGCAAGAGGAACAAUUUCAGGAAAAAAUAGCAAAAAGAGAAGUAAGGAAAAGACGACAAGAAUUAGAGUUUCAAGUUAAAGCAGAACUGGAAACUAUACCUCCUAGAAAGAGUUUACGUUUGCAAGGUCUAGCUCAGUCUACCACAGUAGAAAUCGUUCCUGUUCAAGUUUCACCACAAACCCCAGCAUCACCAGCAAAAGAUAAAAUAGUAUCUACCUCAGAAGAUGUAAGAUUAAAAAAAGCCAGUGACGACUCAGGUAAAAGAAGACCAAUAGUAACCCCUGGUGUAACGGGAUUGAGAAAUUUGGGAAAUACUUGCUAUAUGAAUUCUGUUCUUCAAGUGUUGAGUCAUUUACUUAUUUUUCGGCAAUGUUUUUUAAAACUUGAUCUGAACCGAUGGCUGGCUGUGACAGCUAGUGAUAAGACAAGAUCACCUUAUAAGCACCCACCAAUCACAGAUACAGUAUAUCAAAUGAAUGAAUGCCAAGAAAAAGAUACAGGCAGUGCUCCCUCCAGACAUCCAAGUUUGUCAUUAGGACUAAGUGGUGGAGCGCCAAAGAGUAGAAAGAUGGAACUUAUUCAGCCAAGGGAGCCAAGUUCCCAGUACAUUUCUCUCUGUCAUGAACUGCAUACUUUGUUCCAAGUCAUGUGGUCUGGAAAGUGGGCCUUGGUCUCACCAUUUGCCAUGCUGCACUCCGUGUGGAGACUAAUUCCAGCUUUUCGUGGUUAUGCCCAACAGGAUGCUCAGGAAUUUCUUUGUGAACUUUUGGAUAAAAUACAACAUGAACUGGAGACAACUGGUACUAGGUUACCAGCUCUUAUCCCUUCUUCUCAAAGGAAACUUAUCAAACAGGUUCUGAAUGUUGUGAAUAAUAUUUUUCAUGGACAACUUCUUAGUCAGGUUACAUGUCUUGCAUGUGAAAACAAAUCAAAUACCAUAGAACCUUUCUGGGACUUAUCACUGGAAUUUCCAGAAAGAUACCAAUGCAAUGGAAAAGAUAUUGCUUCCCAGCCAUGUCUGGUUACUGAAAUGCUGGCCAAAUUCACAGAAACUGAAGCUUUAGAAGGAAAAAUCUACAUAUGUGACCACUGUAACUCAAAGCGUAGAAGGUUUUCUUCAAAAUCAGUUGUACUCACAGAAGCACAAAAACAGCUUAUGAUUUGCCACCUACCUCAAGUUCUCAGACUACAUCUCAAACGAUUCAGGUGGUCAGGACGUAAUAACCGAGAGAAAAUUGGUGUUCAUGUUGGCUUUGAAGAAAUCUUAAACAUGGAGCCUUAUUGCUGCAGGGAAUCCCUGAAAUCCCUCAGACCAGAAUGUUUUAUCUAUGAUUUAUCUGCUGUAGUAAUGCACCAUGGGAAAGGAUUUGGCUCAGGACACUACACUGCCUACUGCUAUAAUUCUGAAGGAGGGUUCUGGGUACACUGCAAUGAUUCCAAGCUAAGCAUGUGCACUAUGGAUGAAGUAUGCAAGGCCCAAGCUUAUAUCUUGUUUUAUACCCAGCGAGUUACUGAGAAUGGACAUUCUAAACUCUUGCCUCCAGAAUUCCUGUCUGGUAGCCAACAUCCCAAUGAAGAAGCUGAUACCUCUUCUAAUGAAAUCCUUAGCUGAUCCAAAGACAGUGGGGCUUUCUUCUUGCGAUUUUAUAUAUACUUUUUAAAAGGGCUUACAAUUUGGAGUUUCAUUGUUUUUUUACUUAGGAAUCAGUGCACUGUUUAUACAUUUUGUAUCUACAACAAAACUCCUUUUACAGAAACAAGAUUAGCAUAAAUAUGUGUAUCAAUGACAGCAAGCAGGUAACUAAACUUUUUUCAAGUACUUGGGAGUUUUAAACUUUGUGUUUACUUCAGACUAGCAUUACCUCUUUUUUAUUUUGAUGUCUUAAUUGGCUCAGAUCAUGAAUUUGUGCAAUCUUUUACCGAAAUUCAGGUGGCAUUUUAUACAUUUAUUUAUCUUUUAUAGGCAUUUUCUAUACAAAUUCUUAUUAGAUGGAAAAUUAGAUACUUUCUUUACUAAUAGUCAUACCAAAAAAAAAAUUUCUUUCAGGCCAUCUGUUGCUGAAGUUAUCUUUGCCAUUUGAAGGGAGUUAAACUACUACUGUGAAAUAUCAAGGUAUCACCUAAAUAAUCAUCAAUCACACUAAUUUAUAUUCCUGAGGCUUUGUGUGUUACAGGGCUCAGAAUAGACAUUACUUUGGUGAACGGAACUUCCAUUUUUCCAAAAAUUUAUUAAGUUUUAAUAAUUGUUCUUUAUUUGGCAUAGUCCAAAAUGAAAAUGACAGCUUUAUAAAUAGUAUAUUUAAAUUACUUCAGUACUGUGGACAUGAAAACAAUGAUGGCUGGGACUUACAAUGAUGAUUUGUUUGGCAGCAAACAGGUUUGUCCAGAUUCUAAAUAAACAGUCUUAUCAAAAAUCUGAAUUCAGCAGUGUAUUAUGAUAUACAAGUACAGUUUAACGUGAAUAAGUUCAUUUUAUAUGUUUAACAUUAGAUCUCUUAAAAGCUUUGUACCAUAUCGUAUCAAGAUUUUUGAGGGAAAAAAAUUGUCUUCUUGAAGAGAAAAAAAAUUGGCAACUGAGCAACAUGUUCAGCAUCUUAUAUUUCUAAAUAGCUAAAGGCUUGGAUAAGUUUUGCUCCUAUUAUGUGAAGAUUAGGAGCCUCAGAUACUCAAACACUGGGCCCUUACUUUUUUAAUUAAAAAUUAUCUA